AUGAGUACUUUUGUAAGCCUGCUGGAGGUGCUGGAGUCCCGAGGGUCUCCUCUGGAUGAUGAUGAGGUGUGGGCAAUCCUCCUCACUGCAGCAGAAACCUUAACAAGCAUCUCAAAUAAAGGUCCUGGUAAUCUGUGCAGUAUUAUUAGCCCAGGCUCCAUUUUGAUCUCACCUAGUGGCAGUGUUGCGUUCAAAACCUGUGGCCGGACUGACAAUGUGGCAUUCUUCACCUCUCCUGAGAUGACUGUGGCUCAGUCUUCUUCUAGCAAAGAGGCUGUAGAGAAGAUGCUAGUUUACUCUCUGGGAAUGACUCUGUACUGGACUGUAGAUUAUCAGCUUCCUCAAAAUCAGCCUGUCCAGCUUAACGACAACUUGAACAUCCUUCUACUGAGCAUGUGUGAAGAAGAGUCCUGUAGACGACCAAAUCUGCUGGCGGUGCUGCAGCAUUGUGAGCAGCACCAAAAGAAUGCUCUCUUACCUCCUCCAGACAGAAUAAUCAGGCAGCUGGUCCAGUAUGUCCUACAUCACCCAGUAGAGAAUGCAUUGGGUAACUUUUCCCUGAUAACAGAUCGAAGUCAGUUGAUUAGACACAAGCUUCGAGGAGACUACACUGAGAAUUUCGCUUGGGGACCAAAAGCACUCAGCUCACCAUCUUACACUGUCCAGGCUGAAUAUAACAGAGGGAGCACUAGCAUUCCAUACCUUCACAUCCAAAGGCAGCUUAAUGACAGAUCUAACCAGUCAUUUGGUUCUUCACUCAGUCUCAGUGAGAGGAAGCUCAAGAACAUGGGGCCAGAGUUUGUUAGAAUUUUGGAUGAGCCAUUCAUUACCUUGGAGCUGCCAAGUUCCAUUGUGUCAAAGAAAGGGACGUCGUGUUCUACACAAAGGGACGUGAGAGUGAUUAUGCCAAAUGGACAGACCAUCUUAAUCAAAUGUGAUGUAAAGACUAGAGGAGGGGAUGUAUUUGAUAUGGUUAUUGCCCAUUCAAAAAUGGUGGAGCACUUCUACUUUGGCCUUGCCUACACUGACAAUACCAAUGAAUUCUUCUUUCUGGAUAACAAAACCAAAAUUUCCAAAAUUUCCCCAGAGAGCUGGAAAAAAGUACCCACGUCCAUGUUUGUUCUUCACGUCCGAAUCAAAUUUUUCAUCAGUGAUGUCAGUCUACUUUUACACAAGUUGACACGACACCAGUACUACCUGCAGCUCAGGAGGGAUAUUCUGGAAAACAGAUUGCCCUGUAAUGAAGAGACUGGCCUUCUUCUUGGUGCUUUGGCUCUGCAAGCUGAAUUUGGGGACAUUUUGCCUGAGGUAUUAGGCAGGAACUACUAUCAGCCUGAGCACUACGUCCCCAAGAGCAUCAUGGAGAAAAUGGCCAUGCCUUGCCUGAAACAAGAGUUACUGCAUUUACAUGCUAAUAAUGCAAACAUGACUGCUGAGGAGUCUGAGCUAGAAUUCCUCAAGGCCAUCCAGCAGCUUCCGGAGUACGGUAUGUUUUUUCAUCAUGCAGUCUGCCAAAAGAUGCUCAGCUCAGGAGAGCUGCUCUUGGGGGUGUGUGCCAAAGGCAUCGUUGUGUAUGAAGUUAAAAAUAACACCCAUACCAUGAGGUUUACAUUCCACUGGAGAGAAACCAUCAAUAUCUUUGCAUCUAAGCGUAAAUUUGUCAUCGUAAGCAGCAUCAGUAAGAAGAAGCACACCUUUCUUAUGGAGAAAUCCAGAUUCGCAAGGUACCUCUGCAGCCUAUGCAUAGCACAGCACAAGUUUCACAUGGAGAUGAGUUCUCGCCAGUUGAGCCACAGUCUGGUCUCAGGCAAGUCCUAUACUGAUAGUAAUUUACAGUGUGAAGUGUCCAGUGCCCAGAAUGAUGCAAGCAGGAGGAUUUCCUGUUUUGAGGGGACGUCCAAUGAUGGCAGACCUGAUGUUGCUCACCAUGACUCCAUGAGCAAGCUGUGUGAUGACCUUGCCAAUCGUAUUGAAACCAGAAUCAAACAGCAGAGAGACUUAUUGGAGUACUACAAUGCCUUGAGUCAAGAUCUUCAGAGAAUUGCUGGAUCUUCAAAGCGAAGCUCAGGUGUUUCAUCCAUUCCUUCUUUUUUAAGAGACACUCCAACAAGUCCCCGAGCUCCUGUGAGAGAAAUUCUCUGUGUAACUUUGAAGAAAGAUAUGAAAUUUGGCCUUGGUAUUGUAAUUGUUGGAGAAGACAGUGCCAGUGGUCUGGAUCUAGGUAUCUUUAUUGCAUCUGUUGUGCCGGGAGGACCGGCUAGUAGGGAUGGACGAAUCAGACCAGGUAGCCGCUUGAUCUCACUGAAUCAGACCAGUCUGGAGGGAGUGCCCUUCAAUGAAGCAGCGGAAAUAAUACAAAGUAGCCCCAACCAGGUGGAGCUCAUCAUCUCCCAGUCCAAAGGUAAAAGUAAGUCUGACAGUCAAGCAGAAGAUGGUCUUGACGAGUUGGUGACAGUGAUGAUGACGCCAAAAACUGGGCGUAGGCUCCAUGUGCCUGAAGUGCACGUCCUCAAUGUCCAGGUAUGUCACAAACAACAGCAAGCAAAUUCAAGAAACAAUUGCAUACCUAUAUUGUUUCAUAUAUGUCAAAGUUUUAUAUGUUAAUAAUCUACGAUUAGUCUGAGACCAGUGGAGUUCACAGUGCAGUUGAAAAAAGUAUCUGGCAGUGUGGGCGUUAGCAUUGCUUGGAACCUGGGGCAGACUCGGGGUCUCCAUCUAGUGGGACAUGCUAGUAACCAGCCAAGGGGCAUACUUCUAAGGUGUUUGACCCACCUCAACUGGCUCCUCUCAAGUCGGAGGAGCAGUGGCUCUACCCCAAGGCUCUCCCACAUUGCCAAGCUCCUCACCCAAUCACAGAGAGUAAAUUCAAGAGGGCUGAACACAGGUCUCCAAUCUGAAGGAAUUUCAGAGAGCCUGUUGCCUGGGGAAGCAGCAGACCAAGAUUGCCGCAUACAAUCUGAUAGUGUCUUAGAGGUGAAUGGAACCAGACUGCAAGGUUACAGAGAACAUCAUGCUGGUGAGCUCCUGGCCAAAACCAAGAAGGAAAGGGGCAAGGAUGUCAGCCCAACGCUCUUCUUCACAUUGUUCAUGUCGGGAGACCUGACCGAAAGUCAGGAGGAAGGCUUCAACAUCAUCUUUGCUGGUGAAAAUGGCAUUGGCUUCAUGCUCUCAGAGUUGAACACAUGCCUGGACUGUGGAACUGUAAUGCUGUUUCCAGGCUAAGCAGCAGAAGAGAGUGGCCUCAUCAAGGAGGGAGAUGUGAUCCUGGUUCUUAAUGGAGGAUCACUUACGGGCUACCAUAUCAGGUAA